CAUGAAGUUGCAAGCAGCAAAUUCUUAUGCAUGUAAAGCUGUACUACUAGAACAUGUUUGGCCUCGGUUCGGGUGCAGGAAAAAAGAAAGAGGCGAGGAAGGAUGCGGAGCGCACGGAACGCGAUCGACUCCGCAGCGAAGCGUUGGCAAAUGCUGAGGACGCCCUUCUAUCAACGUCGGGCAUCCCUGGCACCGCUGACGCUCUGGCAGUUGAGCCAGUUCAGGGUCUCAUCGGGAUCGCGACUAGCGAUGGAAAGGUUAAGCUGCUUGGGCGACAGGGCUGUGAGCUAACCUUGUACUCAGGAGCGAAGUAUCCCUAUGCGACGCGCCAGCUGCAAUUCCUACAGAACCGAGGCGUCAUCAUGCGGGUCUCCAAGGGCGGCAUCAUGGAAAGCUGGUCAGUGGCUGCUGCUGCUUCUGUCGACCGUGGCGCCAACAGCGGCGCACGGUCGCUGGGCACCCUCAAGCUGCGCGGCGACAAGAUCCACUGUGUGGCCGACAUGCCUCGGGACCCCUACGUGCUGCUGGGCUGCGCCAGCGGCUGCCUGCGGGUGGCUGCGCUGGUGGACGCAGCAGGCAACCCCGUGGCAGGCAGCCCCGGACAGGCGCGGCACUUUGCGGUGACACCUUACAAAGUGCGUCCCGAGCAGCUGCGCGGCCGGGGCGAGGUGCGGCAGGUGGCGGUGCAGAGCCGGGGGCAGGUGCACCGCGCGCUGGUGCUGUUCACGGCCGGCAUGGCGGCGGUGUGGGAUAUCAGGGCCACACAGCUGCUAGCCAGCAUCGACCCUGCUGACCAGCGCGCCACCGCCGCCACCCCCUCGCUGGCGGCUGCCGGGCAGGUCACCGCGGUGUGCUGGCUGGGCAGCGGCUGCAGCAGCGGCUGCGGAGACUACGCUACGGGCCACGUGGACGGCAGCGUGCUGGUGUGGGCGCUGCAGGGGCUGGGGCUGGAGGGGACACCAGCGGUGACUGCUGUCAUGAGGGUGGAGCAGGGCGAGGCGGAGCCGGUGCGCAUGCUGCGUUGUUUGCCGGGUGGCGCGCCCGGGCUACUGGUGCUGGGCGGGCAGCAGGUGGAGCAGCCGGAGGGGCUCACGCUGCUGCCGCUGCCGGCGGCGGGGCAAGACGAGGCAGGGGCAGAGCAGCAGGAAGGCCUGGAGGGUGCGCACGCAGGUGGCAGCGGAGGAGAAGAAGAAGAUCAAGAGGAGGAAGAGGAGGAGGAGGAGGAUGUGGACGCGGGCCGUGAAGCCGAGCACCGCAGGCGGCGGAAGCACCGAGCCGUUGCCUCGCCUGGCAAGCGGCGGGGCAGGGGUCCCGUCAAGUUGCCCUGGUUCGGUCAUGUUAUUGGGUUUGGGCUUGUGGUGGAUGGCGGUGUGGUCACAGGCUACGAGCCGCCCAGCGGCGUGCUGCAGCUGGUGGAGGGCGGUCAGCUGGUGCUGUACAGCCUGAGCCGCCAGCAGCCGCGGGUGCUGACGCCGCCCCUGCAGCGCCGCGCCGCCAUCACCGCCACGGAGGCGCCGCUGGUGCCGCUUUGCAAGCCUGCAGCCUGCGGCCCCAGCACCAUCACACUGGAGGGGCUGCGCCAGGCGGCUGCGGACUCGUGGGAGGUCAUGGAGGAGGCGGAGCAGCAGUUCGUGAUGGGCAUGCAGGAGGUCUGCCGCAGCGGCACGCCGCCGCCACCACCCGAGGGGGCCACAUGGGGUCUCGUGUACUGCACCGGCCACAAGGACGGCGGCGUGUGUCUGUGGGACCUGCACGGCGGCACCUCCCGCCUGCUGUGCGCCGCACCCGCGGGCGAAGCAGCUGCAGCGGACGCCGGCAGGCUGGGCGGCAGCAGCAGCCGCAGCAGCCCCGGCUCCGUGACCUGCGUGAGCCUGGCGUGGCCCACGGGUCUGUUGCUGGCGGGUCACCAGAGGGGCGAGGUGCGCAUGUACCAGUUCAGCGCCUCGCAGCGCCACGUGGAGUGCGUGACGCUGGAUAGCGUCAACGCGCCGGGCGUAUGUCGGCCGCUGCAGCAGCCCGCCGGGUUGCAGCUGCGGCUGCGUGUGCUGGUCAACUCGGGGGAGAUCACCUGCCUAGCAUACUGCCAGUCCAUCCGAGCCGUAGCAGCGGGCGACAAGUCCGGCGGUGUGGCGCUCAUCGACACCGCCCGGCCGCUGGUUCGCUGGUACGCACUGCCCGGGCAGCACCCGCUGCUGGCGGCUGCGGUGGCGCCGCUGCCGCUGCCGGCCGCUCGGGCGCGGUGUGCGGAGGUGGCGGGCGAGGAGGGCGCGCCCUCGCAUACAGUGGUUGUGGCGGACUCGGAGGGACGGCUGGCCGCCCUGGACGCCUCCCGCGGCUGCUUCGUGGGUCGGAGCGGCCCGCUGCAGCCCAAGAACGGCAGCUACAGCCUGGCACUGGAGCUGCUGGACGAGCGCUGCAACCCGCUGUGGGCGCGCAGGCAGAUGGGGGCGGGGUGCUGCCAGGCGGCGCUGGGAGUUCCUGGCUCUGGCUACGCCUGGGAAGACGAAGAAGACGAGGCGCCGGGAGACGAGGGCGAUGAUGAUGAUGAGGAGGAGGAGGCGCAGGAGCAGGAGGAGGAAGACCUGGAGGGUCUGAGUGUGGAGGAGCUGCUCGCCCGGGCGGCACUGCAGGCCGACGGAGCCCACCCGCCACCUCCUCGGAGCGGCCGCAAGGCGCGGCGCAAGCCCCAGGAGAGGAGCAGGAGGGCAGGUGGCGGUGCGGCCGGGGCGCUGGACGCAAUGGAGGAUGGCAGCUCCGCCCCGGCUGCCACCCUGUCGUCCUGCCCCGACCCCACAGCGCACUACGUCUUGCUGGUGACGGACCAGUACCUGCGCCUCUACUCCGCCUCCCACGUGCUGCUAGCGGACCGCGCCACCGCCGCCAAGCGCUCCCCUCCCGCCGGCCAGCAGCUGGUGUACGCGCGGCCGCUGCAGGUGGCGGGCGCGCCGGGGGUCAUGGCGCUGGCAGCGGGGGAGCAUGGGCUGUGCGUGCAGGUGUACUCGCUGCCCUCGCUGGACCUGCUGCACGAGGCUCCGCUGUCCGCCUCGCUGUCCUGGUUCUGGGACGUGCCGCCGGGGCACGAGCGGCGGCUGGGGCGGCUGGUGGCCGCCAGCCGGCUGGGGCACCUGCUGCUGCUGGGGCUGGGCAACGAGC